AUGGCCUCAUUGCCGACUCAGGGUCCCGGGGACCCUGACUUCUUUUCUGGGCUGCUGCCGGCGGCUUCAACUCCGGCCAACCAGAGCUCAGAAGCCUUGGUGGGCAAUGGGUCGGCGGCUGGUCCGGGCGCUCAGGCCAUCACGCCAUUCCAGAGCCUGCAGCUGGUGCAUCAGCUGAAGGGGCUGAUUGCGCUGCUCUACAGCAUCGUGGUGGUCGUGGGGCUGGUGGGCAACUGCCUGCUGGUGCUGGUAAUCGCACGGGUGCGUCGGCUGCACAACGUGACCAACUUCCUCAUCGGUAACCUGGCCUUGUCGGACGUGCUCAUGUGCACCGCCUGCGUGCCGCUCACGCUGGCCUACGCUUUCGAGCCACGCGGCUGGGUGUUCGGCGGCGGCCUGUGCCACCUGGUCUUCUUCCUGCAGCCCGUCACCGUCUAUGUGUCUGUGUUCACGCUCACCACCAUCGCGGUGGACCGCUACGUCGUGCUGGUGCACCCUCUGCGCCGGCGCAUCUCGCUGCGUCUCAGCGCCUUCGCGGUGCUGGCCAUCUGGGCGCUGUCCGCGGUGCUGGCGCUGCCGGCCGCCGUGCACACCUACCACGUCGAGCUCAAGCCACACCGCGUGCGCCUCUGCGAGGAGUUCUGGGGGUCCCAGGAGCGCCAACGCCAGCUCUACGCUUGGGGGCUGCUGCUCGUCACCUACCUGCUCCCCCUGCUGGUCAUCCUCUUGUCUUAUGUCCGGGUGUCGGUGAAGCUCCGCAACCGCGUGGUGCCGGGCUGCGUGACCCCGAGCCAAGCGGACUGGGAUCGCGCGCGCCGCCGCCGCACCUUCUGCCUGCUGGUGGUGGUGGUGGUGGUGUUCGCCGUCUGCUGGCUGCCCCUGCACGUCUUCAACCUGCUGCGGGAUCUCGACCCGCGCGCCAUAGACCCCUAUGCCUUCGGGUUAGUGCAGCUGCUGUGCCACUGGCUCGCCAUGAGCUCGGCCUGCUACAACCCCUUCAUCUACGCCUGGCUGCACGACAGCUUCCGCGAGGAGCUACGCAAGCUGUUGCUCACCUGGCCCCGCAAGAUCGCGCCGCGCGGCCAGAGCAUGACAGUCAGCGUGGUCAUCUGA